UCACAACAUUUGAAUACAUCCGGUAAGUUAGUGUGUGUUUUUUUCAAGUUCUACAGAGAUAUUUCAAAAGAAGGAUCCACAAUGCCUACCAAUCCUGAUGAGCCAUACUACUGCUCCCAGCAGAUUAACAUUCCUCCACAGCUACCAGACAUACUCAAACAGUUUACAAAAGCUGCAAUCAGAACACAGCCAAAAGAUGUCUUAGCAUGGUCUGCUGCAUACUUCCGAGCAAUGUCUAAAGGAGAAACUCCACCUGUAAAAGAAAGAUUAGAGAUGCCAGUAGCCACCCAAAAGACAGACACAGGCUUAACACCAGGUUUACUCAGAGUUCUUAACAGACAGCUUGGUCCAAAGAAACAAGUUCCAUUAAGUUUAAUAGAAGAGAAAUGGAAUGAUUUGGCGUUACCUAAAGAGCAGUUUGAUGAUAUGGUCAGAAUCGGCAGUUUUGGUGGCGAUGUUGAAUGGAAUAAAUUCUUUGCAUUAUGUGCAUCCACCUUAGGAGAGACAAUAAUCGAUGCAAUGAAGACUGUGUGUGAAAUAUUAACAGCUGAUCCAGAUGGCGGCCCUGCUCGUAUACCUUUUCAAUUAUUUAAAGAUAUUUAUCAAUACCUUGCACAGAUAGAUGGUGAAAUAUCACAACAACAAAUAAACGAAGUUUUCAGUUAUCUUAAAUAUGAUGUGGAUAAGCAAGAUGGAUAUGUACAACCUAGAAACUUCUUAAGUCCUGAGUGUCCUAAGUUAUCAGCAGCAUAAAUAAACUUUGUUUUUAACUUUAAUGUUUUAGACUUUGUAUUUCAUUACCACAGAGAAGUUCAAUCUGUCUAUUAUGUUUCCCACUGAACAAAACUGUUCAAAUUUGUUUUAAAAAAAUAGAAUGUUAGUAGAAAGUUAUAUCAAGGCAAUACCAAUAGAAGGGGAACUAACUCUGAGUUAUAGAAAUAUUAAAUUGAUAAAAGGGGGAUAACUCUAUUAUGUACAAUCAAAUCUUCUUUUGUUUGUAAACAGUGGCUCUGAGGACCAGUGUCUGAAGCAUUUGUUAUAUUAUUGAUUUUUUGUAUUUUGUACAUAAAGAUGCAUGCAAUCUACAAAUAAAUUAUUUUGUACAGUU